AUGAAGCAGCCGUCGCCGCCCUGGCUAGCCAUCCCCGCCUCGUCCGCGUCCGUAUCCGGCGACAGCCUAGUCACCUUGAUCGGUCGUCCUCCCAAGUGGACAUCAUCGGCGCAGCGCAAGAUGGCCCGCCUCUAUGUCUACACCACUCUUCCCUUGGAAAAAAUCGUCAAGGUCAUUCAUUCCAGUUUGCCCGAGUCGACUCCGGGUCUCGACUCGGCGAACAAGAAGCUCAGGUCGCUGCUGGACAAAGAGCCGCGAUGGCUUCAUCCGCGCACCGAGUCCGACAUGGGCCGUCGUGUGGCCCAGCUCUCCUACUCGCCAACCAGGUUGACAUUUGCAGAAAACGCCGCGGGGGACGGCCCACGCCCUCCCCAUGAUGAAACUUUAGCCGUCUCCUCAAGCCCAUUUGACGUUAAAAGGGAAACCACGGCAAGCCUGCUGCCGCCCGAGAUUCCCUUCUUCGGCCCCGAUUCAGCUGCCACCCCCCUGCAGGGACUCGUCCGAGGGCCACAACUUCAUUCGAGCAGCCACCCUACGGCCGACAGGUUCCCCGCACAUGGAUGCAACCCCGUCCAAUCCGAAGGUCUAGGAGAUGACGACGUCUUCUCUCCCUUUCUUCGGCGGACUACUUGCCUCUCUACGUCCACCGACUGCACGACCGGGUCGUUUCGGCAGUUGCUUCCCGGCUACUCUGAGCCGUACAUUCAGACCGUCAAGAGGCUAGUCAAGAGGUUCACGGUCCCAAUCAACACUCCUUGCAGCCUGUCCCCAAUGCCCCAAGGACCGCCCUUGCCGCGAGGCUGGCUGGACAAUCGGGACGGGCCACGGGCGUUCCACGACGAACCGCAUCCCUUGCCGGGCGACUUUCUGAGCUGCGACGCGUUCGCCACGGAGCGUGGUUGCCGCGCUCUGCCAGAAGCCCACCAGCAUGGGCGGUGUUUGUGCUUUGACCACGGCAGCAGUUACCCUUCGCCGUGGGUCACCACGGGCGGCAUAACCGCGGCCGGCCGGUGCUUGCUGGCGACAGGGCCUACGCCUUCCAACGUGUUUGAGCUCGAUUGCUUCGGCAACACAGUGUUGCAUUUUCUGGCCGCUCGUGCCCCGGCCGAGAUGCUCGUGCAGGUACUUCAGACAAAAUUGUGCGACACCAUCAUCAACAGGAGGAACACAGGUGGUCAGACCUUUUUGCAUGUCACUAAGAGAAUCGAGGGGCGGAAACCCGAACAGCUGCUUCGGCUUCUGCACAUGGCAAUUCGCAGGGGCUUCGACAUGUGCGCCCAAGACGUCUAUGGGCGCAACGUGCUUCAUAUCCUACGCUCGACGGGCCUAACUUUGGACGCGGUGCAGCGCACAUGUCCCGUCCCCGAGAGAUGGCGGUACAUCAAGCGCGACGCUUUUGGCCUCGUGCCGACCCAGCAGACACUACCCGGUGACCGUGACGAGCCGAUGUGCCUGGAUUCGAGCCCUUCCGAUGCCCUCUCGAUGACGAGCCCAGCACCGAGCAUAGAUCCUGCGAUUGCGAAAGAGGCUGGGCUGCUAGAGAAGAUCCGGCUGGCGUCUGAGAACCCGUUGCUGGAAGAUGUAGACGGAGGCAACGGCCUGCACUGCCUCGCCAUAGCGACGUUGAGCCCUGACAGUAUCGUGGACAAGUAUUGCUUGGACCCGGGCACGCAAGAUGGUUCGGUCGGCAAAGGAAAGCUCCUGGACUCGAGCAGCGCGAGGCUGGAAUUCCGCCGAUCCCUUGCCGCGGGACUGCUCGACGCCGGCGUCGACCCAAACCAUUACGACUGCCGCGGGAACACGCCCCUCAUGACGUUUUCUGCCGAGCUUCCCGAGGACAGUGACUACAAAACGGGGCCCAAGAUUCUCGACUUGCUGGUCGAGAAGGGAGCCAAUGUGCAUGCGAGGAACCGUGCAGGCGAAACGGCGCUGCACGUGGCGGUGCGCUGCGGCCGGAAGCUGGCCAUGAGGACGUUGGUGAGGCACGGCGCCAGCGUCCACGCCCGUGACGCCGAGGGCCGAAGCGUGCUGGACGUGGCGGAUGCCAAGAUGAUGAGCUCGAGAGCCGAGGAUCCGCGCGAGUACGCGCGCCACGAGGCCUGCCGGGCGUGGCUGAGCAGCAACAAGGGGCUUGCCGUACAAAGGCCGACGGUUUUGGACGAGUGGGGGCGGGCGUGA